GUUGGUGUUUUCAAGGUGAGAAUGUAUCACGUAGAUUAUUCAAUAUAACUGCAGUGUAAAGCCUAAUGGCGCCAAGAUCGCCGAAAAAUGAAGAGUUCUGUAACAAUACUGUGUCUUCUGACGCUUCCCUCGAUGGUCAUAGCAGCCAAGAUAUUUUUCCUGGCGUAUCCAUCGUUUAGUCAUUUACAAGGCAUGGCUAUUCUUGGUGAUGUUCUGAAUGAAAGAGGACAUGAGAUAUGGAUGUCAGCCACAUCAAAUUUAGAAGAGAAAUUAAAGUUAAAAUCUAGAAAUAUUAAAGCCACUCCUUUCUCGUCCGAAGAUAAAGUUAUAGCAUCUGUGGAAAAUAUAAAGAGUAGAGUUGAGACCAGCCCAAGUGAAGUGUAUUUCAAAACUGGGAAAAGGAUCUUAAACGUAAGGGACAUGAAGUGGACAUGCCAUGUUAUGUUAACAGAUAAAUUGUUUCUAGCGACAAUCAAAGAACAGAAAUUCGAUUUGGUCGUUCUGGAUAUAAUACCCAUAGUGAACAUGUUAAAUUUAAUUCCUUAUAAAUUUGAUAUUCCGUUUGUAUAUUUUGGUCCAGCCUACUCUCCAUAUCAUUACAGAAUCCCAUACUCCCCGGCAUUUGUACCAUUUCCAAUUUUACCAAUGUCUGACCGUAUGAGCUUUUUGGAGCGAGUUGUUAAUACCAUCAUUCAAGGAGCCAAUGUUUUCUAUGACCCUUUUAGCUAUUAUCGUGCCGCGGCUAUAUAUGUACCCGAGAAGCCUUAUAUAGAAGUGUAUGAUAUAAUUCUUAAAGCACAGUUAUAUAUUAUAGAACGUGAUGAUGUAUUACUGCCACCAAUACCAACUAUGCCUAAUGUUAAACGAAUAAAUCCCAUUACCUCCAUAAGAAAAGAUAAAAUCCCACAAGAAUAUUCCACAUUCUUGGAUCGAUCUAAAAAUGGCGUCAUACUUGUGUCGUUUGGGAGCAUGGUACCUAACACUAAUAAUACAAUUUAUACCAAAUUAGUUACGGCUUUUAGGAAUACAAAAUAUGAUUUCAUUAUUAAAGGUGAUUUUGUUAAAGGUAAUGAGCGAAUGAUGGUGUCAAAGUGGAUACCUCAAAGAUCUUUAUUGUCGCAUAAAAACAUCAAAUUAUUCAUAACACAUUGUGGAGCAAAUGGUAUUGGAGAGGCUAUCAGUAAUGGGGUACCUAUGCUAGGUUUUCCAAUAUUUGCAGAGCAACCUGGGAAUGCCCACAAUAUGGCGGCUAGAGGAUAUGGUCUCUCUAUGGAAUUAUUUACAGCUAAAAGUGACGAAAUAUUAGCUAACAUUAAUGAAGUUAUUAAAAAUUCCUCCUAUAAAUCGAACGUUAACAAAGCUUCGCAGAUUUUAAAGGAACUAAAUGAACGAAAUAAUUCAACAGAAGAAGCUACGUUUUGGAUUGAACACGUGUUGAAAUUCGGUGGAGAUUAUAUGCGAUCAUCCAGUGUCGAUAUGCCGUUAUAUCAGUAUUUGAUACUGGAUGUUCUACUGUUCAUUUUACUCGCUGUUUCCGUAGUUUUAGCUAUUUUGUUUUACUGUUUUAAAAUAUGUUACAGUAGGAUGUGUGGACGCAAGAUGAAAUCAGAAUAAGAUCUUCAAUAUAAACUAAACCUACGAUGCAGCUAGGCCGGGUUUCACAGGAACCCUUUAACAUUUCAACAUCGAGACAACGGAAGAAGUUAUAAAUUAAUGGUUGAUAUUUAUAUGACCGUUUAAAUUGACUGAAAUUACUAAAAUUUCAAAUAUAUAGGUUUUAAAGACAGUUUUGCUCAAAUUGUGUCACUUCGUGUGGCAAUGA